UGCCAGACAACGGGCGAUAGUGAUGAAAGGGAAAUAACUCUGAUUUCUUUUCUUUUUUUAUUUCAGAUUAGGUGGUCACCAGAACAGGAUCAGCCAUGUUUUGCAUUGGGAACGCAUACAGACAGUUAUAAAUUGUGUAAAUUCUUGCUGAUAAGAAAAACAAUGAAUCCCCGUUCUAGUGCCCAGGAUGUACACCGAUGUGACCUUUGUGAGACCGCCAUAGUACACAGCUACUGUGACUUUUGUCAUGUCAACCUAUGUAAACCCUGUAUAUUAGAUCAUAUAUUAGAUGAAUAUGACAAACAUAAAAUAGUUCCUUUCCAGAAACGAAGAUCAACCCUUAUUCAUUCGAAAUGUGAAACACACUCACACAGAAAUUGUGAAUUCCAGUGCGAGGAUUGCAACAAUAUGUUUGUUUGUUCUUCCUGCAUGGCAUCUACACAGCACAAAAGACAUAGCUUCGUAGAAGUUACAGAAGUUUACAAAACUAAGAAAGAUGGUAUAAAAAAAGAUACAAAAGAGUUAGAAAAUCAUAUUUCCCCUACAUAUGAAGAAAUUGCAUUUGACUUAGAAAAUCAGCUUGCAAGCCUUGAUGGAGGAUAUGAUAAACUUACAACAACAAUUUCCAAACAAGGAGAGCAAUGGCACAGAGAAAUUGACAUCAUUGUCAACAAAAUGAAAACUGAAAUCAGCGACAUAAAAGUAAAACACAAAGAACUUUUACAGAAACAUUUGAAUGAUAUCGAACAGAUACAGUCUCUCAUAAAGGAAACACUGCAUGCCUUAAGGAAAAUUGAGGAGUCCACUGAAGUAUCUUCUACCAUUGAAUACAGCUCUAAGGUCAGUGAGUUCAGUAAGCCUCCACCCAAAGUUAAGGUUACACUGCCCACAUUCCUUCCAAAACCAAUAGACUGUGACAAGCUGUAUACUUUGUUUGGACAGAUCACCCCAUUAUCUACAGUUACAGAAGAAAAUGUCUUGUCACUAAACCAACCCAACACUUCAGUCAAAGAACUACUGGAUGAACCGGAGCUUGUUACCAAAAUACAGACUGGGCAUAAACAUCUACGUAAUGUUACCUGUGUAAAUGAAGACAUGAUAUGGACGAGUGGAAAUAGCAAUGAAAUCAAAUGCUUCAAUCUCAAAGGUUCAACACUUGACACAAUCCAUACAAAAUCAGGUGUUUGGCCCGGUGAUAUAGCUGUAGACAGUGAUGGGAAUCUAAUGUACUCAGGUAGAGAAACAAGAACAGUGAAUAAAGUAAAGAGAAGCGAGACAGAAGAGUUAAUCAGAUUAAAGGGAUGGGUGCCUCGUAAUCUGUGUGUCACCUCUACUGGUGAUCUCCCGCUUACCAUGUACAGUGAUGAUGAAAAUCAAUCCAAAGUUGUCCGUUACUCAGGAUCUACAGAGAAACAAACCAUUCAGUUUGACGAUGAAGGUAAACCUUUGUACUUGGGGAGUAGUUAUAUGAAACACAUCACAGAGAACAGAAACCAUGACAUCUGUGUAGCUGACUGUGAGGCUGGUGCAGUAGUAGUGGUUAAUCAGAGCGGGAAACUCAGAUGGAAAUACACCGGUCAUCCCUCAGUUACCAAGAACAAACCAUUUAAUCCCUAUGGUAUCACAACAGACAGUCAGAGUCGUAUCCUGACAGCAGAUAAAGACAACCAUUGUAUCCACAUUCUGGAUCAUAAUGGACAGUUUCUCCGUUACAUUGAUAACUGUGAUCUAAAGGAUCCGUAUGGUUUAUGUGUGGACAAUAAUGACAAUCUGUUUGUGUGUGAGUUUUCAAGGGGCAAUGUAAAGAAAUUCAAAUAUUUUAAGUAAACAUCAUCAAAUAUAAAAAUGCGAUUUUCAUCAAACAAAAGUGGACUUUUCCUGUGUACAGUUAUGUGUAUAUUGAAUUUCAUUCUUUACCUUACUUAUACACUGAUGAAUUCACAAAGUAAACGGUAUUCAUUUUUAAUCAGCAAUAAGAAAUUCUCUUAUCUUAUUCCAUUACUAUUAUUUGGAGAGAGGGCAUUUAAGCAUUAUUUGCAUGUAAUAUACAUCUGUUGUACCUUAUCAAGUAAACUAACAAGCGAUGUGUCAGUUACUCAAUCAUCAUCAUUUAAUGCUUAUAUUCGUAUUGAAAUUUGUUUUAGUAAGAAUUUGUGUAUCGUCGCUUUUUAGUCAUUGUACAUGUAUAUGCAUGUAACCUUCUUGUCAAGGAUAUGAAACAUACACGGAAUAUCCAUAUUAUUAUCGUUUUACUACAUGUAGAUUCUUGGAUCCACCGGGGAUUUUAAAAAAUCUAGCAAUAAGAUUGUUACCAGAACUGUGUAGAACAUGUAGUGAAAUAAAAAACUAA